GCAGACGUUCCAAAGCCACCCCGACGGAGAGACACGCCGAGACACCCCUGCCACUGGGAGCCCUUCGGUUUUAAUUGUGAUACUCGGCUGAAAAGGUGGAGGGCCCGGGGACGCGGGGAGCCAAGGAGUCGGUAAACGACUCGAAGGACGAAGACGGAUCGGACGUCGCUUCGACUUUGAGCGGUUUGCUCGCCGGUCUUCCGACCUUGGCGGGCCCCCAACGCCUCGCCACUUCCCUCAAGCAGAAGUUCGUCAGCAACUCCGGUUACCCCCGGCCCGGCCUGAUGCGCGCCGCCCCAAUCGCGACGAUCUCCUCCUCGUCACGCUUGCUUUCCGAGGUCGCACGACUGGGUGACCGCGGUUAGUUCCUCGCACUAAGACUCGCACACACCGAAUACCCGGAAGACGCUGGUAGUUUCGCGAGCGGCCACCUAGAAACCACCAUCCCGCUAUCAUCAUGACGACGAUACCGAUACUCAACAUGGAGUUCGGCGAACUCAAGGAGAUUAUCUGGACGAAGCUGCAGGAGCCCAAAUCUCAGCGCAAGCUGAUUCUUGUCAUCGUCUGUAUCGCGCUGCUGCUAGACAACAUGCUGUACAUGGUGAUAGUACCGAUUAUACCUGAUUAUCUUAAGUACAUCGGCUCGUUUGGAUCGGUUGAAGAGUCGGACAACGACACCACGCCGGCGGGCCAUCACGGCCAGGAUUCCGCCACGGGAGUGUUAUUCGCGUCCAAAGCGAUCGUACAGCUGAUGGUAAAUCCAUUUUCGGGCGCGCUCAUUGAUCGAAUCGGUUACGACAUUCCGAUGAUGAUCGGGCUCAGUAUUAUGUUCUUGUCGACCAGCGUGUUCGCGUGCGGCAAGAGCUACGGUGUGCUAUUCUUCGCCAGGAGUCUUCAGGGCGUUGGGUCCGCGUUUGCCGACACCGCUGGCCUCGCCAUGAUCGCCGAUCGUUUCACGGAAGAAGCGGAACGUUCGAAGGCGCUCGGCAUCGCGCUAGCGUUUAUCAGCUUCGGCUGCCUCGUAGCACCGCCAUUCGGCGGCGCGCUUUAUCAGUUCGCCGGCAAGGAAGUGCCGUUCCUGAUAUUAGCGUUUGUCAGCUUAGCAGACGGCUUCAUGUUGCUGCUGGUAAUGAAGCCGGUGAAGGAGCAAUUGCAGGACCGCCAUAAUGAGCCCAAGUCGACGAUACCGAUCUGGCGGCUGCUGAUGGAUCCGUACAUUGCCGUGUGCGCAGGCGCUCUGAUGAUGUCUAACGUAGCACUGGCAUUCCUCGAACCGACGAUAUCGUUGUGGAUGGAAGAUACAAUGACGCACGACAACUGGAAGAUCGGUAUGAUCUGGCUACCGGCGUUUUUCCCGCACGUACUCGGCGUCAUGAUUACCGUAAAGAUGGCUAAGCGAUAUCCGCAGUAUCAGUGGUUAAUGGCAGCCGGUGGCUUGGCACUCGAAGGUCUUUGUUGCUUUAUCAUACCGUUCUCAAGUUCGUACAAAGUAUUGAUGAUUCCGCUGUGCGGUAUUUGCUUCGGAAUCGCGCUCAUCGACACCGCGCUACUACCUACUCUUGGUUACCUAGUGGACGUCAGGUACGUGUCGGUGUACGGCAGCAUUUACGCGAUCGCUGACAUUUCGUACAGCGUGGCGUACGCAGUAGGGCCGAUCAUCGCCGGCGGUGUCGUCGAGGCGAUCGGUUUUACCGCCCUCAAUAUCGGCAUCGCUUUCUCGAAUUUGCUCUACGCCCCGGUGCUCUACUAUCUGCGUCACAUCUACGACUUCAAGCCGUUCCAGGACGAGGCGAAUGUGUUGAUGCAAGAUCCGCCGGACAAGGAGUAUCAGACGUACGUGUUGCAGGAACAGCGACCAAUUACUGGCGAGAUUGGUAAUCACUUGAACCAAACGCGCAUGGAGACAAAUAUUGACCAAGGUUAUGUUGAUCAGAGUUAUCAAGCGACGCAAGGCGGUUACGAUCAGCAUUACGGUGGCGGUUACGGCAUGCAGAACACGAUCGGUGGUUACAAUCAGCCCGCUCACGAUCAACCGCCGGUCUAUAAUCAGUCCGCUGGUUACAGUCAGGCGACCGAUUACAGUCAGCAAAGAAAUUACGCGGCACCUAGCGAGCAGGAACAGAGAGGAGGACCUCAGGUUGACGUAAACCCCUUUAGAAGGCCAGAUGUGGAUCAGCGACCAGCUGGGGAUAGCAACCCCUUCCGGCAGGGAAUGUACUAAAGUGUCAAUGAAGGUGUUCAGCGGUUACGGCCAACGAUCUGAAGGCAAAGCUAGCCUUUUGCUGGAGAGAGUGUAUUUGAGAGUCUUCGAGACAGGCUUCCAAUUAAUCAGCGAAAAAUCGGUGCGUAAGACGUGGCGUCUCAGCGAGAUUUCCAGGAGAGACGAUCGGGACACGUUUGUCAACCUGGGGAGAUCGCCGAUUGCGCCAACACUCGAACUAGAUCUCAAACGUAUUCGACUUCGUUGAUAUAUUUUAUUCGCGGAUUACAAGAAAAGUAUCAGACUUAGGAAGGCAGCGAUUUCCGAGAAAAAUCCGCGAACAAUGAAUCCUGACGAAUUCUGCUUUCGUGUAUAAACUUGUCAUAAGGAAAAAUAAGAAAGAGGGAGAUGAAAUAGAAACUUUGCUGACAAAACAUACAUAAACUUUAGAACGUAAGACUGAUAAAUGAUAAAAGAUUGACGACUGAUAAAUGCAAACGGAUGAACAAGAAACUUAAGGAAAAUGGCCGUCGUCAUAAGAAAUGAAGACCGCGAGGAAAUCAAGUAAUUAUAACAUCGAAAUAAAACUGAGUGAGACGAAAGAGAGAGAUGUGCGUGUUGGUGCUAGAGAGGGAAAAAUGACGUCUUUAAUUUAAGUCGUCUUGUUGCAUGAAGUGUAAAGAAAUUGAGAAGAAAGAAGAAGGAUUUACGGCUGCGACGGGAGCUUCUCAUCGGCAAGGACCUUUGCUCACAGCCGCUGAGCAACUUUUAAGUUUUUAUUGUUUUCGUUGAAAACCGUUCUGAAUUGCUGAAACAUUGAAUAAUAGUACAUAUCCAUUAAUUAAUGCGAUUAAUUAAGAAAUCUAAAAAGAUUUUAAAUAUUUAGAAUUAAGGUUUUAAGUUAAGUAGGUGAUUGUAUAGAAUGUGUGAUGGAAGUUAUGGAAAAUUAUCUCCACGAGUUGUUCUGUAUAGGCAAAGUACUUGCGUCUACUCUGAUUAACAAAACAAGUUUAUUCACGCUUAUAUAAAUAUGAAUAAAUAUUUUAUCGUGCAAAUUGAUAAAUUUUUAAUUACAAAAAUUAUUGGUUUUGGUUAUUAAAAUCAAUCAUUUAAAUACACGUAAAACUUUAAAGUAAAAACUGUUAUUUGUUAUACACGCUUUAUUAUUACAAUGAUAUUUUUAUGCAGAGAUGUGUCUAUUAAAGAUGAAUUAUUUAUGAAUUUAAAUAAAAUUUAAAUAUUUUACAUUGUUUCAAAUUCUAUCAAUUUUUACUUAUUUUUAAGAUCUCUAAAGUUUUUAUUAUUCUAACAAAAUACGAGACGAUGACUUUCGUAAUAUUAUAGUUAUUCAUACUGAUAUAUACGCUUAUAUAUGUAUUGUAUAUGAAAUAGAUAUUCCCAUCGUUGUUAGAGAAUUCUGAAGAAAUCGACUCCUAUUUUGUUAAAUAAGUUGUUAAAUUCAAUUGUAAUCUGAACGUUUAUAUUUUAUCUACAAGAUUUUUUUUUUUUUUUUUUUUUUUUUUCACGUUCUAUUGAAUUCAUUAAUUAAUCGAGUACUUUGCUGCAAUAAUGGAGCAGUACCAAAGUAUGUCGAAAGUAUGCAUGUUGAAAAGUAAACAUAUCUGUAUUUUUAUGAGAUUACUUUUUUAAUUGUAGAGACAUUUUAUUAGAAUUUUAUCAAUUUUAAUUCAUGCGGGAAAUCACGCGAUAUUUAGAGGUGCAUUUCUACAUAAAUGUAUGUAAAUAUAUCAAAUUUUAUCAUGUGUCGAAGUGACUCGGACGCAAAGUUGUGCAGUGGCUGUCGAGAGGACAUUUGUUGCAUCGCUUCAAUUUUAAACUUUAAGAUUAUUUAUAUUUUUUGUUUUAUUUAUUUUGUGAACCGUAUAUAUGAUAUAAUUACACCUUAGUUUAUUACACGAAUUAUAAUUAUUUUACAUUUCCAAUAU